AAUGCGGGCCUCCCAGGAUUGCCCUGUGCUGCAACAUGGAAUUCCGCUCCGCACGGCAAGCAAUACUGCAAUUGCUUCGUAACGUGGCUCCAGCAGAUCUCCCGGCGCUGCUCGAGUGGAUGCGAACUACCCGAGAUUUUGAUGAGCUCACUCAAGAUAAUAAUGACAGUAUUUUGAAAAGCAUAGCAGAAGAUCUUCGGAAUUGCUUACCUCUAGAAACCAUGCUUUCCUCAGAACAUCUAGCCCUCCAAAAAAUACGGCAGCGGCCAGAACCCACAGUUCACGUUGAUGCAUUCCUUUAUGAUGAAGACUUUAUUGAUUCAUUAUGUGAGGAAGGAAAAAUGAGCAGAAACUACUGCAUGGUGUGUGGCUCACACCAGACAGCACCUUUAGGAUUUAUUUCUCAUUCCUUCUCUCUCAUGGAAUUGAAGUUCAUUUAUCAUCAUGUACUCCCUGAUCUGUCUGGAAAGCUCUUGGUCGACGUUGGCUCCAGGCUUGGCACAGUCCUUUAUGGGGGUUACCUUUACAGUUCAGCAUUGCAACUGUAUGGAGUAGAAAUGAACAGAGACUUUUGCCAGUUGCAGGAAAUGAUCAUAGAAAAAUACCAGUUCACUGACAGAAUAAAGGUGCUUCAUGCAAACAUCUGUACCCAGGAUUCCCUUCUGCAAAAUGCUGAUGUUGUUAUAAUGAAUAAUGUCUUCGAAUAUUUUCUUGAUGAGGCAGAACAGGCCAGAGCCUGGGAAUACAUCAGCCAUAAUGUAAGGAAACAAGGAUCGUUAUUAGUGACAGUACCAAGUCUUGAAGAGACUCUCUCAGGUCUUCAGGUUAAUAUACAGUUACCUCUCUGGGUUGAAGAGGUACCACUGAACUAUCAUGUGUACCCAGAAAAGGAUAUUGACAGGGAAGCUCUUGAACAAAUACACUUAUAUAAGAUUCUCUAGCACUAAAAUAGUCCUACCUAAGUGUAAUUUUUUUGAGUAUAUUACAAAAUAAUAAAAAAGAUAUGCAUCC